AUGUCAAAUUAUAUAUUCUGGCCGAAUGAAUUACUGCGAAAGGAAUCAACACUCAACGAUGAGGAACUGAUUAUUAUAGCCAUCAAACUCAAAGACACAGAUUAUGUAGUAAUUGCUGUUGAACAAAUAUCUACCUUACGGGACGCCGUCGAACUAGGGUUUCCAUACGUUAUUUUAGGAAAUAGAGACCCUCAAGGAAAUUGGACUAUUAAUACUCCAAGCUUUAACAUUGUAGAAUUUGAAGUACCAAAAUUUAAAUUGAUGCAAUUUUAUUCGAUUGAGCCUAUUUCUUUGCUAUUAUCAAAGAAUACUGUGGUUGACAAUCCCAAUUUAAAAAAGAUACCUAAUAUAGAAAAGUUAACAUCUUAUGAAAGAUACAGGGCAAUGAAUUUUAAACUGAACAAAACUAUAGAUAUCAUUAACACAUACAACUCGACUUUGAAUGCAUUUCAUAAAUCAUAUCCGAUGAUUGGAAAGUCGAAGGAAAAUAAUGUAUCGGGUAUUACUUUAUUACAGAUAUGGUACGUCUCAACAGUUUUUCAUCGAUUAGUUUGCAAUGCUGCAUUUUAUGCAACGUUUGGUGCUUGUUACAUUGCAUACUAUGGUUCUGUCUUCUUGAGAAAUAUGACACCUACUCUUUUAAGGUUGUCUGCCACUGCAAAACAGAUUGAUCUUAGAUUUCAACAAAUCUGUUAUUUCCCAGUUCAAUUCAUGAAAAUUUACCAAACAAAAGUGCACGAUGAGACAAUUUCUGAAUAUUCUACACCGAAUCGUGAAAGUUCCACUAAUAAAAUAGAACUUUCUUGUAAAUAUUACCCAGAUUAUAUCAGGUUUUAUAAUACUCUAUGGCUAAUAGUAAACGACAUAUCAUUUGGGUUAAUGUUUGGAGCCGUAUUAAACGAAAAUCAUGACACAAUUGUAAAUACACUAAGUGAUGUUAUCAUGACAACGCUAUAUGAUAAAAUGAUUGAAGUGACGCACAUAUUGGCCAAUAAUCCAUUUGGUAUAAAACUUAAUCAUGAGUUGGCAUCUUUCCUUUCUGAACUUUUUUACUGGAUAAUGGAAUUUUCUUACAACUCCCUAAUCAGGUUUGCUAGUGAUAAAAGUAAAUUAAGUAUAUUCUUAACAAUUGUUACUAAGGUUUCAUGUGUAUUUGGUGCGUCUUUUGGUAUAUCGUUAAUUGUUGAUUUUUUUAGUUUGUUAUCGUUUCACAUAUAUCUGUUUUACCAUAUUAGUUGCAAAUUGUACCAUUGGCAAUUAAACACUCUAAUUAGUUUAUUUUAUCUAUUUUGUGGUAAAAAGAGAAAUGUUCUUAGAAAGAGAAUAGAUUAUGAUUAUUUUGAAAUUGAUGAGCUAUUAUUAGGUACAUUGUUAUUUAUCGUAUUGUCUUUCUUGAUGCCUACAGUGCUUUCAUUUUACAGCUCUUACACACUCUUAUGGGUAACAACCGUUUAUAUUUCGGUGUUUUUAACUUCUAUUAUUGGUCUAAUAAAUCAUUUUCCAUUGUUUGCAAUCUUACUUAGAAUAAAGGAUGCUAAACGUCUACCAGGGGGAAUCCUUUUAUUACCAAAAUAUCACAAAAAUGGGAGAGUCAUAUUGACAUUACACAAUAAUCCUUUAAAUGUUCCUGCAAUGUUUAGUCCAUUUUCACAUUCGAUGGGGAAGAUUAAAGAAUAUUACUUUUCUACAAUGACAUUUAAAAAUUUGUUAAGUGGUACAUCCAUUAAAGUACAAAUUAAUGAAUUAUACGAUAUUCUAUAUCUAUCACUACCUGAAGAACCACAAAAUGUGUCCCAGAUACUGUCUAAGUUAAAGAAGGGUCUUCCUUGUUAA